UCUCUCUCUCUCUCUCUCUUUGUGUGUGUGUAGAGUUGGUUGUCUCCCUCCACUUUGGAUUUGGGGAUCAGACUCAGGUGAGGCUUACAUGACAAGCACUUUUGACUGCUAAGUCCUCUCACUAAUCCCUUAAAGUUUCAUUAAUAUGCACACACACACACACACACACACACACACACACAAAAUGAUAACAGACCAUUAGCUGAUGCAAUCCUUCCAGAAUAACUUUGAGAAGUGAAGUUUUGUGUUGAAACAUGGAACACAACUGUUUUUCAGAUAAGCAGGUCCAAAGGGCACAACCCACUGGGUUCCCUGACCUAUGCUGUGCUUAUGUUAGAGACUGGCAUUAUUUCAAAAACCAAUGGUGUAUCUGAUUUGUCAGGGGACACAGUCAAAGUCUGCCUCUUCUCUGGCAGUCCACGAUACCUGACAGGGCUCUCUGUGGAGCUCCGUGCAGGGGCGUCUGCUAGGAGAACAGAGUCCAAGGGAGAGAGCAGCUCAGAGCCAUGAACCUCAUCCUGGAGCUUCUCUUGCUGGUGGGCAUCAUCAUCUACUCCUACCUGGAGUCACUGGUAAAGUUCUUCAUUCCCCAGAGAAGAAAGUCUGUGGCCGGACAGACUGUUCUCAUCACGGGAGCUGGACACGGAAUAGGCAGGCUGACGGCUUAUGAAUUUGCAAAGCGGAAAAGCAGAUUGGUCCUGUGGGAUAUUAAUAAGCACGGUGUUGAGGAAACCGCGGCCAAAUGCAGGAAACUGGGGGCUGUCGUGCACGUGUUUGUGGUGGACUGCAGCAACCGGGCAGAGAUUUACAAGUCUGUGGAUCAGGUAAAGAAAGAAGUUGGUGACAUAGAGAUUGUGGUAAACAAUGCUGGGGCGAUUUAUCCAGCCGACCUUCUUAGCACCAAGGAUGAGGAGAUCACCAAGACCUUCGAGGUCAACAUCCUAGGACAUUUUUGGAUCAUAAAAGCAGUCCUUCCAUCGAUGCUGAGAAGAAACUCUGGCCAUAUUGUCACAGUGGCUUCAGUGUGUGGCCACAGAGUGAUUCCUUAUCUCAUCCCAUAUUGCUCCAGCAAGUUCGCUGCUGUGGGCUUCCACAGAGCACUGACUGCAGAACUGGACACCUUGGGGAAAACCGGUAUCAAAACCUCCUGUCUCUGCCCUGUGUUCGUGAAUACUGGCUUCACCAAAAACCCAAGUACCAGGUUAUGGCCUGUGUUAGAGCCGGAUGAAGUUGCAAGGAGUCUGAUUGAUGGGAUACUUACCAACAAGAAAAUGAUCUUCGUUCCGUCCUGUAUCAAUAUCUCUCUAAUAGUGGAAAUGUUUUUUCCUGAACGUGUCUUGAAAGCUAUAAACCGUAUACAGAAUAUUCAGUUUGAAGCGAUUGUGGGCCACAAAACCAAGAGGAAGUAACAUCUUGUGUGCAGAGACAUGUGGACGCCAAUGAGGUGAAGCCAAGUUUAGAGCGGACGCGAGGCUUUCUUUCACGCGUUUUAGAAGUGUUCCUUGUGUUUAAAAUGUAGGUUUGGCCCUAGAAGCCAUCGAGCAAACAAGAGUGGUCAACUGUCCUUCUGGUUUCUUAUACUUAAUCUCUCAGCCCCUGGUAUUGGGUUCUGGAAAUGGAGCUGUAGUAAGACAAUGCCCGUCGCACGGCCGAGUGAAAAGUCAAUUGGUGUGUUUUUACUAAACAGAAAUGUGGGAGAAAGGGUAAGAUAAUAAAAUCUUGGACAAAUGCUG